GGAAGUUUCGUGAACCCGAAGACAGGAGCAAGAAACAACAGAAGCAAACCCAAUAACAAACCCGAGCCCAUUUCUCUUCUCCGCUCCAAAGUCCAACCUCCAUUCUCUUCUUCACCUUCGCUAGUACUCUUCCUUCUCCGGCCAACUCAUUUCCGAGAAAUCCUUCUCAUUUCCACGAAGAAAUUCAUUCCCCUCCCUGCGAAUUCGAUCGAAUUCUCGUCCCCGGGAAAAAUUCCGAACUCGGCGAAGCUUAAAUCGGUGAUCAAUCACUUUCCACAUACGCCAUCUGCGUGCGCCUUCAAGAUUAGGUAACUCACAUAAGAACCAGCUCUUAGUGUUCGCGAGGGAACAUCACGCGGCUCUGAAAUAGACUGGAAGAAACAAAACCCUAGCUGAGAAUCGCGCAAUCUGCUAAUAAACAAUAGCAAGGGGGAAGGGAAGGAAAAGGAAUCCCCAUAGUAUAAUCAUCUCACGUGUGUGUGUGUGUCAGUUGCUUUUGGUUUUUGUUCUCUACCUAGUAGUAUAGUAGUAGAUCUGGAAAAUGGCAAUGAUCAUCAGCGACGCACUGCGGCAAGCGUUCAUGCCGAAACGCGAGUACGAGAGCUUGCGGGAGGAAGAGAAGGCAUGGUCGAGGCUACAGAGGCCUUUCUUGAUCUCCGCCGUUUCCUUAAUCUGCCUUGCCAUCCUUGUCUGCACGGUUAUUAGCUUGAAGAUUGUCUUCCCCGCCGAUGGCUACCGGCGGCCGUUUUGCAGUGACCGGAGGCUCUUGCCUCUGCCCAUGAAAGGAGGGCGGGAAUCUGAUCUGUUUCCCGGUGCGUUUUAUCUCACGGAUCAGGAGAUUGCCGACUAUUACUGGAUGGUGCUCUUCAUUCCAUCGCUCAUCAUUUUCUUGACCUCGUUUGCUUAUCUUGCCGCAGGGAUUGCUGUUGCUUAUACUGCUCCAACAAGACAUAGUUGCUUAAAGGUGGUGGAAAACAAUUACUGUGCUUCCAGAAGAGGUGGGGUCCGCUGCCUUUCCAUCUUAAACGCCAUCUUCGCCACCACCUUUGGUCUUCUCGCUUUAUUCCUCGGUUCAACCCUCUUAACCCUAGGGAGUAGCUGCUCCGUAACUUUGUUCUGGUGCUACGAGAUUGCUGCGUGGGGGUUAGUUAUUCUAUACGGGGGAACUGCAUUUUUCCUGAGAAGAAAAGCUGCAGUAAUCAUUGAUGAGGGCGAUCAGGGUAGUAGAAACCUCGGCCUGGAAAUGCUGGAAGCAAACACCUUGGCCGUGGCGGUUACCCCAGAGGUCGAAAGACGAGUUAGUGAAGGUUUUAAGUCUUGGAUGGGUUCAUCUCUGCUAUCUUCUGACGAUGAGGACGAACCAGACACUUUUCUAGAAGCCCCUCACCUGUCAAAUGCAUCUGCAAACAGGCAGAGGGUAUAGUGGUUGGUGAAACCAGGUUUGAUUAGUGUAUACAGCUGAUGAUACCAAAAGCAAAAAGAGGAGGGAAACCCAGUUCGCGGUUUUGAGACGUGCACUUUACCAGUUAGGAGUUUAGCUCGGUGGUCGUUGUAAACUGUAAAUGACAUGACUACUGAAUCUGGCAGCCUGACUUGGACUGCAAAUGGCCUAAUGAGGAACAGUCUUUGUCUGGAUUUUGUAAGCACGAUUAAUACCCUUUGGUUUUUCUUUCCGCACAUAUUCAUUGAUGAAGUUCAAAAUUUCUGUAGGAGCCUGCUCUGUGCGAUGCCAAUGUUCAAUACUCAAUAGUCAAUACUCAAUUAUUAUAUAAGUAAGUACCAUUUCAGGCCUU